UGUUCCAUGGGCACGGAAAACGGAAUCGGAACACGGAAUCGGAAAGGUGAAGUGGUAGGGGUAACCAAUCAGCAUCGUUCCGUUCCGAUUUUAACUAGCCUAGUUUCCCAUGGGGUAUAUUUUUCGGAAACGGAAAUUUUUCGUACUGUCAAUCACCAGUGGUCUAGUUUCCACCGAGGGUUUGAACCGGGUCAGAAUGCAAGAACCAACCAACUACAGUCGAACAUUCCCCUGUCAUUCGAUUGUAACAAAGGAAUGCUCGACUGUAGUUGGUCGAUUCUUGCAUUCUGACCCGGUUCGAAUCUUCGGUGGAAACUAGGCCAGUGAUCACUAGCGAUUAAAAAUAAUAUUGAAACAAUUCAACUAAAAGCAGCAUUGAAAAGGUGAAAAAUGUCAUCUAAUGAUAUAAAAGAAGCAGAUUUAUCUAUUAAGGAAGCAUAUAAGAUGUAUUGGAAGUUAAAAACACGAGCGCUCGAGGAAACUCUUACAGACAUUACUUUCUGCGACGAUAUGCAAGACAAUAUCUCAAAUAAAUCACCGCGAAAGAUAGUAGACAAUCAGAAGCAAGACAAGAAUCUGAGUCCAGAAAAAGUUACAAAAAACUCAGAGAACAUAAAUCCUUACAAUAGCAAACGUUUGACGGAAAUUGAGGACUCAUUCAAUCAACUGGAUUCAGUGAACGUUGAAGGAGCCUGGGGCAACCAUCUUAGCAAAAACAAAGAACAGGUGUCAAAGAAGAAGCAAUCUCUGUUGAAUGGUAGAUCUUCUUCCUUUCAAUUGUCUAGAAAUAAGUUUGAGAGUUCAACAUUUACUAAACGAAACCCGAGAAAAUCGCUGUCAUUGGUAAAAAUAAGGAACAGAUCUGAGAAUAUCCUAAAUAUCUCGAGCGUCGACCGGCUGGAUACAGAUAAGGAUACAACUGUUGAUGAGGCAAAGCCUAUAUUCGGCGAAUUGAUGAAAGUAACAUUUGAGAAAAGCAAGCCUGUUUUACAACACUCCGUUAAUGUUGUUCAACAAUUGGCCGACAGCUAUACGACUGGCAUAAACCGUAAUUUAAAUUCAGGCUGGCUGCAUCGAUGCACGAGAGACAAUAAUUUGGAAGUGACAACGAUCAACCCUCAAAGGCUGUCGGGUACUAGCGAUUCUGGAAUAGAGUCCAUGGAAUCCAGCAUUUAUUCUCCGAAUGACUUGGCGCCUACUGUGCAUUUUUCGUCGUUUCAAGUCUCCGAUGAAGAAGAUUUUAUAUGUAAUAGUGAAUCUGAGGAAGAACACGGGAAUAAACGCAUUAGAAACUUCAAGAAACGAUUGAGUGAUCAAGAUGGUCAUCCCAUAAAACGACGAUGUAUUCAUAUUGAUUCUGAUUCUACGAUCGCUGGAUUUCAUAUAACCGAUAGUGAUAGGUCCAAGCUGACUUCCUAUGUCGAUAGAAGUUUUAAUUUAUUGUGUAGAGAUGAGCAUAGUAAAAAUAAAAUUAACAAUGCUAAUGCAUUUGAAUUGACUAAUAAUGUUAGUACAAGCACAAAUAUAAUAAAUGAAUCAAUUAGAAUUAAAAAAGAUACAAUUACUUUAGGUUCAAACAUUGAAUCGAAUGUUAUCAUUAAGGACAAAAUGAUAUCUGAAAAUAUCUGUCCGACCGAAAGCGAUCAAACUAAAAAAGUAUUCAGAAUGAUUGAUGUUAUUCCAAAAUCAACCAAUCUUAAGAAUCAGAAAGACUUUUCAACAUCCGAUGAAAAACCUGUGAAACGUGGAAGAGUCAAACAAGUAUCUAACAAUUUCGACCCCAGUUAUAUAGAACAAAAUAAUAAAGAACCUAAGACAAGGACAAAAACGAAUAAGAAAUCUAAAAGUCAACGAAAUAAAGAGAAGACGACCGAUAAUAAAAAAAAAUUCGAUGUAAAAAGGAAAUUUUCCAAAAGAGAAUCAAGUUUAGAGAAGGAUAACAAAGAACAAAGUUUAGAUUUAGAAAUGAAAAAGAUUCCGACAUAUAAUGUAGAAAUGUUACAAACGAUUCCUCGCUCUAACAUCAAACCAAGUGGAAUUGGCAAUCUCAUCAUGCAGUUUUCCGAAACUGUUUCCACCGAUGCAAUGAAAAAAGAUGUCUUGAUAUCUUCAACAGCGAGCACAAAAUUGACUGCGAAGGAAAAGCUAGAGAAAAAAAUGGCUGCCGGGACGAUGAAUGAUAAUUUUGUGAGGAUAAAUCUGAAGAAAAAAGUAUUUGUGCGAAGUAAAAAGAACUUUAAUUUUGUUAAAUAUAAGAGGAAUCAAUGGAAACAGAGAAAGAAAGAUUUGACGUCUAGUGAGAGCAAUUUGGACGCGGCCGACUUGAUCGACAAAAAUAGCAUGACAUGCUUCAAAUGUGGUGAGUCUGGGCACUUCGUUAAAAACUGCUCAGCUUCCAAGAACAACGCUCUUUUACCUUUAGAAGAAAUCGAUGACUCAUCGAACUUUCCAACUUUGGAAGAAGCUGAAAAGAUGGCAAAUGAGGCUGCCAUUAUCGCUCACAAUCAUAAGCGACUUCCCAAACAACCAUCGUAUUUGGCUACGAAGACUUGGCAAGAUGAAGAAGAUAUAACGGAAUUAUUUAAUGACGACUUUGCAGACUUUGGUGAGAAGAGUGAUACAUUAACUUUCGGGCAUAAAGUGCCACAGGAAUUAAUAUCCAAAUUAUUGCCGCCUCAAAUGAAAGAAAUUAAUUCGUUAUAUGAUGUGAACGAAGAUAAUAGUCUCAUUGAAACUCCCACGGAAGUCUUCGAGGCAUUACGCAUGUUUGGUCAUGAAAAUUUCAGAGUUGGCCAAGAAAAGGCAGUAAUGAGAAUUCUAUCUGGCCAAUCUACCCUGGUAACGCUAUCGACAGGCUCUGGGAAAUCUCUAUGUUAUCAAUUACCAGCGUAUUUAUAUGCUCGACGUUCUGUUUGCAUCACUUUGGUAAUUUCACCUUUGGUAUCCCUGAUGGACGACCAAGUGACGGGCGUACCGUUAUUUCUGUCUGCUGCGUGUUUACAUACCAACCAAACGGCGAAAAUAAGAGAGCAGGUGAUACAAUCUGUGAAGGAUGGAAAGGUGAAUAUUCUGCUGAUAUCACCAGAAGCGGUAGUAAGCAGUGAGAAAUCUACUGGUUUCGGUGCUCUGCUCAGGCAGCUACCGCCAAUUGCAUUUGCCUGCAUUGAUGAAGCCCAUUGUAUCUCCCAGUGGUCGCACAAUUUCAGACCUUCCUACUUGAUGGUUUGCCGAGUACUCAAGGAAAAGUUUAAAGUAAAAACAGUAUUAGGACUCACGGCGACUGCUACGAAAACGACAGUGGAAAGUAUAAUAAAACAUCUAGACAUACACGACGGAAUAGCUGGUGUCAUAUCGGACGUGCCUUUGCCUAGGAAUCUCGUCCUAACGGUAUCCAAGGACGAAAACAAGGAUCAGGCUUUAAUCGCGUUGUUAAGAAGCGAGAGGAUCCGCGAAUGCCACUCUGUGAUAGUAUACUGCAUCCGUAGAGAGGAGUGUGUGAGGAUCACGGGAUUGUUAAGAAUAUCGCUGCAGGAUCCGCGAAAUCCUGAGAAGCCAAACGUGAAGAUAUCCACAAUAGCUGAAGCUUAUCACGCCGGUAUAACACCUGAUAAACGUAAAAUUGUCCAAAAAAAAUUUAUGGACGGGAAGAUUAAAAUUGUGGUUGCUACUGUUGCAUUCGGGAUGGGCAUCAAUAAACCGGACAUCCGGGCCAUUAUUCAUUACAAUAUGCCCGGCACCUUUGAGGGAUAUGUACAAGAAGUUGGUCGUGCUGGAAGGGAUAAUAUUAUAGCACAUUGUCAUUUGUUCUUAAAUCCUAUGGAAGACAGUGAUAAAUGGGAAUUGCGCAGACACGUACACGCGAAUGGUGUAGAUAGACAUACAAUUAGACAUCUACUUCAGAGAAUUUUCAUUCCUUGUUCUUGUGUAAAGAUCAAUGAAAAAAAUUCAGAUCAAAGAUGUCCCGGUCACGAAGUCGCUCUUCCAAUUGAUGAAACUGUUCGAGUCCUUGACAUCACACAGGAAAUGAUUUUGACAUUAUUGUGCUAUCUCGAACUACACCCAAAAAGAUUCAUUACUGUGCUACCGUCCGUGUACGUUCAAGCGCGGGUUUCAAGUUACAAAGGACCACAUGCCCUCAAACAAGCCGCGCAAUCCUCUCCACCGCUCGCAAUGGCAAUAGCGCUGCACAUGAAAAACGGGAUUUCACAUAAAAAUAUUAUAGAAUUCUCAGUAAUUGACGUUGCAUCAGCUAUCGGAUGGGAUAGUGGGAUAGUAAAGAGUCAUCUUAAGACUUUAGAAUGGAAGACAGGAGUUGAUGGCAAGAAGAAACGUUCAGCUAUAUCUGUAGAAUAUCAUAAACUCGGUUUACGAAUGAAAGCACCGGGCGAUCUUAGCGACAUUGAACUGGACGAGGCACUCGAUGCAUUGGUCACACGUACGCAAUCUCAGGAAUCCUUGUGUUUGCAACAACUCGAGCUCACAUCCUCCGCGUUUAAUAAAAUCAGCGUGUCGUCAAUCAAACAUUGCUUGGUGUUAGAUGAUAACGUUAUGAAGAAAUCGGAGGAGCUUAAAGAUACUAUCAGAGAAUACUUCCUAUCAGAUUCUCCUUUAAAUGAUCUCAAUAUCAAUUUUCAGAAUAAAAUGACGAACGAGCAGCAAAUCGCAGCCGAUAUCCGCAAUUUGAUAAUAUGUUAUAGGGAUACUAAGUUCACGGGUCGUGCCAUAGCCCGUAUCUUUCAUGGAAUACAAAGCCCGAAUUAUCCUGCAUUGAUUUGGAGUAGAUGUCGUUUUUGGAGAAUUCAUAUUGCUGCAGAUUUUAACACAAUUUGCAAAAUCGCAGCCAGGGAAAUUCUAGCGUUGCGAUAACGAAAUCAAUUGACUGAGUGAUAUAAUUAAUACAUUAUAUUUAAUUCGAUUUUAAUUAUACACUCACUUUUAAUUCUUGUCAGAAUAAACGUUCAUAAUGCAUUAAAAUGAAUCAACGAACGAAUCAGGUUUGCCUUAAAAAAU